AAGGAGGGGUGUCGGCGUCCUUUGCUCCCCAAUGCUCCAAGCCUCCAAACCAGCAGACUACCCUGUUCCGAAUCCAAGAUCUUGUUGCCAUUUCCAACCACCACCCCAUCGUACACCAUCUCACGGCACCCACCCUGCCACCCUCAUCAUCACUUCUAUCACACUGCCUUCACCCCUUUAAACUAAACAUCUCUGAAUCACGAAUCCCAUCCAUUCCUAGUUCUCUCGACACCCUCAAAAGAGGGAAAUAAAAAGGUUUUUUUGUUGCCAUUCUCCCUCUAUUCCAAUCUCCAAGGAAGGAGACGAGAUAUCUGGUUUCCUCUUAUGAGAUUGUCCUACAAGGGAGACUUAUUUCCAAGAGCCCUCCUCCUUUUCUUCUCCGAUCUUAAAUUUUUAGCUCAUCAAAAUGCAACCAUUCAACACCUAAUGCACCUUGACCAUUUCCCUUCCUCCAAGCCCAUCUCCAAGAUCUCUUUUUUUCAUCAUUUCUUAAGCUUGUGAUGCUUGAAACAAGAUUUUGUCUGCAUAUAUGAAACUUUGUACGUUCCUAUCCAUAAAAAUCCCACCUUUCCCCCAAUCUCCUUGUAUUCAUUCCUUCGUGAUGUUGCUCAUUGUUGUUGCUUGUGAGUAAAUACCUAUUCUUCUAUCAUAACCACGACCUUCUUCUAUUCAGUACUCCACCAUCAUCCUUUCGAGAGCCAUAAAAGAUUACAGAGUUAGAAUGUUUGGCCCGCAGGGCCACAGAGAACUCUCCAAUAACGAGUUUUCCCCUAGAAGAGUACUCCAUUGGAAGACGUUAACCACCUCCCCUGCCACCACCUCCACCACUUCCACCAUCACCUCAGUGGCGAGAAAGGCCAGCACCAUCACCGUGAAAUUUGAGGACCUCUACGGGUUCACCGUGGAGGGGAGCAUCGACGAUGUCAAUGUGUUGAACGAGGUGAGGGAGAGGGUGAGGCAGCAGGGCAGGGUGUGGUGGGCCCUCGAGGCGAACAAGGGAGCCAAUUGGUACCUCCAGCCGCAGAUCUCGUCCAACGGCGAGGGGAUCUCGGUCGCAUCGCUGAAGUUGUCUACACUCACCAAUACCAUCACACUAAAGAGGCUGAUAAGGAAGGGGAUACCGCCGGUGCUGAGGCCCAAGGUCUGGCUCUCCGUCUCCGGUGCUGCAAAGAAGCGGUCGACGGUGCCGGAGAGCUACUACGAUGAUCUCAUCAGGGCUACUGAAGGGAAGGUCACGCCUGCCACACGGCAAAUCGAUCAUGAUCUUCCACGAACUUUCCCAUGUCAUCCUUGGUUGGACAAUCCAGAAGGUCAGGCAUCUCUUCGGCGUGUCCUUGUUGCAUAUUCUUUUCGAGAUUCUGAUGUUGGUUAUUGCCAGGGGUUAAAUUAUGUAGCUGCACUGUUGUUGCUGGUAAUGAAAACAGAGGAAGAUGCAUUUUGGAUGCUUGCUGUCUUGCUGGAAAAUGUAUUGGUAAAUGAUUGCUACACUGAUAACCUUUCUGGUUGCCAUGUUGAGCAAAGGGUGUUCAAAGACCUGCUUGCCAAAAAAUGCCCCAGGAUUGCUGCUCAUCUUGAAGCCAUCGAGUUUGAUGUCUCUCUUGUAGCCACAGAGUGGUUCCUAUGCCUCUUCUCCAAGAGCUUACCUUCAGAGACAACACUGCGGGUCUGGGAUGUUUUAUUCAAUGAGGGAGCGAAGGUUCUGUUUCAUGUAGCCCUAGCAAUAUUUAAGAUGAAGGAAGAGGAGUUACUACAUACUCAUCAAAUUGGUGACGUGAUUGAUAUUUUGCAAAUGACCACCCAUCAUCUAUAUGACCCCGAUGAGCUGCUGAGGGUUGCUUUUGAUAAGAUUGGUUCUAUGAGGACGAACACAAUAACAAAGCAAAGAAAAAAGCAGGAAACGGUGGUCAUGGCCGAGCUUGACCAAAGACUGAGACGGCUGAAUUCUUUGAAGAUGGAUGAAAAAUAAUCAGUUUCAAUGAGUUCAAAGCCAGAAUAGUUCUCUAAUCAUAGACAAGGAAGGUGCUCAUUCAGAGAUAUAGUGUAAGCCUGCAUCUCUACGAGCGAAGACCAGCGACUGCUAGAAAACUCAAUCUGAAAAUGUCAUGUAACUGGGACUUGGUUAUUCACCAGUCCUGUAAGUUCUUUGGUUAUGUAUAAAGAUUCUGUUCCUUCCUUUGUAACGCAAUGAACAGUCACAUGGGUAUAGCUUCAAGCCUUUACAUUUAUUUGUUUAGACAGAGAGAUAAGUGGCAAAUACAGAGAGAUAAUUAAUGCA